UCCAGCCAGAGUACACUACUCUACCUUCCGCUCCAAAAAGUUCGUUCGUUUAGCUGCUGCUGGUACCCAUAUAUCUUUCAAUUCUAUUUCCCUGCAGCUGGUAGCUAUAUAUUUCUAGGACAAUGCAAAUUUCUCUCCCUCUCUCCAUCUCGAUCUGUCCCGGCCCAGCGCGCCUAGUAUAGCUAGACAGCAGCUCGUCGUCAAGUCCAUCGAUCGACCAGCUCGUCCGCUCAUCUUCAUCAAUCGAUCGGUGCAGUGAUCAAUCGAGCAACACAAUGGAGGAUGAUGAGCAGCAGCAGCAGCAGGCAGCAGGUGCGUGCGUGCCGCCAGGGUUCAGGUUCCACCCGACGGAGGAGGAGCUGGUGGGGUACUACCUGGCCAGGAAGGUAGCCUGCCAGAAGAUCCACCUCGACAUCGUCCGGGAGGUCGAUCUCUACAGGAUCGAGCCAUGGGAUCUCCAGGAGAGGUGCGGCUACUACGGCGGCGGCCAGGAUCAGGAGGAGCCGACGGAGUACUACUUCUUCAGCUACAAGGACCGCAAGUACCCGAGCGGCACGCGCACCAACCGCGCCACCGCCGCGGGGUUCUGGAAGGCCACCGGCAGGGACAAGCCGGUGCUGUCCUCCUCCACCGCCGCCGUCAUCGGCAUGCGCAAGACGCUGGUCUUCUACCGCGGCCGCGCACCCAACGGCCGCAGGACGGACUGGAUCAUCCACGAGUACCGGCUGCAGGGCAACGAGCACGAGCACGCCCAGGAGGAAGGCUGGGUCGUGUGCCGCGCCUUCCACAAGCCCAUGCCCAACCAGCACCAGCACAUGAUGCUCAGGCACGCCGCCGGCUGUUACUACCCGCCGCCCAUCUUCGGCUACGACGACGGCCCUGCCCAGCUGAUGAGCGGCAGCGGCAGCCCCUUGGCGGCUGAGUCCAAGCUGCACGUGCAGCAGCUUCUCGCCGACAUGCCGCCGCCGCUCCACAGCCCCGCAGUCGACGUCGUCGGCGUGCAUCAUCAUAGCUACAACGCCAACGACCACGCCGCCGCGGAGCCGACGACGGUGGACUGGAACCUGCUGAACAGCCUGCUGCCGCCCGCGCAGCUGAAUUUCCACCACCCACCGUCGCCGGCUUCUCCUUCUUCUUGCUCCAAGAACAACAACGGUGCAUGAGCAUGACAACACAGCAUUUGUAUAUCUAUCAAUGGAUUAAUAUGCAUGAUCCCUCUCGAUCAUUCAGCAA